AUGUGCCUUAUAAUUCUACAAACGAUUCGACGUAGCAAGCUUGUUAUCAACAGCGGUGAGGAAUUCGGUAGCAAUAGGUGUUUUCGCAGAAAACUUCCUGUAAAGAGCCGUGAAGUGAAAACCCAUUUUUUUUAUGAAGUGGAAUCUGAAAAAUUUAUGGAUUUUUCGAGCAUUUUCCAGGCAAAUAUUUCCCCAUCGCUGCAUUGCGCAACGCCAGCUGAUAUUGCUGUGAAAACACAGCUUGCAAAGGAUGUGCUCAAUCUUUGUGGUGUACAAUUUCCACCAAAUAUCAGUAGCAAAUGCAGCUCAUCAUGUAUUGACUAUCGAGUGAAGCCAUGCGAUAGGAAUAAAAAUGACGAAGAUCUUGCCAAAGAGCGAUAUCAUCUCGACUGUUUUCAGAAAAUUGAUCCGAAGAUCCUGAAUGAAUUGACCGGAUCGGAUACGCGAAUUCUGAUUGAUUUCGAGGACGAGUAUGCUCGUUGUGGAAACUUUGAUCUCUUAUUUCCAACUGCCGAAACUUUUGAUUAUGUGAAAUACUACAACCCUCCGAUUGCUUACUCGAAUUUGUUGCUGGCGCAAUGGCAAGUGGAGCAGGCGAAUCGCGGUCGCGACGUUGGCAUCGCAAUUUUGGAAGAAAUCUGCAGGAAUGGCGAUCACUUUGCUGAUUCUAAUGAUUUUAAUUUGUUUGAAAAUGGUGCUGUCUAA